AUCUUUUGAUAUGUCAGGUAUAGCUGAGUCCCCCGUAUCCAAGUAUGGCAGAAGCAGCGAGUUCGGGAUCGUGUUGGAUUUCAUUCAGUCAAUGAUAAGCAACGACACUCUUCGACAAAACUUUGACAUUCCGCAUUUAGUCAUUGUUGGUCGACAAAAUAUGGCAAAAACAACGCUUAUCAAUCGUCUGAUCGGGCGAUAUCUUCUGCCCAUGCGAAGAAACGAAACAGCAAACACCCUUCAGGCGCGAACUACAUACCCCAUCAUACUAAAUCUGCGCAAUGGACCGAAGACAAUCGUUGAAGUAAAGUGUGAUGCAUACCCUGAUAUUAAAGGGGAGGUAGAAAACCCCACGGAUGAUGUGGUGGAGAAUUUUCUUAAACAAGUUGCUGGUCAUCUUCCCAAGGAAGAGGGAACUCCUAUAUCCAAGACUCCAGUUAAUGUGACCCUUCAAGGUAUGAUACAUGGUCAAUAGCUCGUUAUGUUGACGUUCAUUAAAGUGGACAUAAGGGGGUGAUUUAGUGACCUGUACACUUCACCAUAUGUCUCAAGGUUCAGUAUUUCAUUGCUUGGGUGCGUUUCUACUUUGAGGAGGAGGAAGGGCGGGAAUGCGAAACCGGAGUCGUGAUCUCUGACCAUGUGGAUUCCUCAUCACCAAAAACCGUAAGAUCCAAAAAGUAUCACUUGCAAUGACAAUUUUAUGUCCUCUAGCUUCUCGUAAUAGGAAAACAUACAGCGCCACCAGAUGGUGACCAUGAAUGGGAAGUAGAAGUGCGUCUACAGUUACUGUUUCAUAGUCAUAGAAAUGUGAUGGUGAAAUGGUGAAUUUAAAGCUUGGUGAAUACUUGAGGAAGAUUAUUUUUCAGUCAAUGACACAAAGGGUUUGGCAGAAACAAUCCGAGUACCCCCAACAGGAGUCCGGUCAACCUAUACGGCACUUACACAUUUCCCGUAAUGCACCUUAUUUGCCCCCAAAAUUUUACAUAACCUUUGUUUUUCAUUUCUUCUGGGUAUUACAGCCGUCGCAAGAGAAAUUGAAAAUAAUGAUUAUGCAAAAUUCGGGGGGGGGGCAAAUAAGGUGCAUUAUGGCAGAUGUGCAAGUGGCCUACGGCCUUUUGGUUACUAGUCCAGAUGCGCUACAAACCUCGUUCCCAGGGUUGUCUCCUACCGGUCCUUACAGAGCGAGAGAGACGGGUAGGAGAGAUUCCUGGGAACGAGGUUGAUGCGCUAUCACUAAGCAACAGGAGACUCGAGAAAGCUUCGGCCAUUCACGUCCAUUUGCGUUUAAGUUGUGUGUGCAGAAAUCGCUCAGUUAUGAUACAAACGUUUUCAAUCUGACUUCCUCAGGUCCCGACCUCACCACUCUGACGUUAGUUGAUCUUCCCGGUGCUCACUUCGCGAAUGAUGACCCACGGAUGAACCAGGCAACCCAAACCCUGGUGUUAGACUACAUUCAGAAGAACACCAAGAGUAUCAUCGUCAUAGUGUCCGAAGUAGGGGACCCCACGGGAGACAGUGCUAUUAACCUAGUCAUGCAAAAGGCCGCAGACUUUAGGAGCCGUACUAUCUGUGUACUGACCAAACCGGACAGGCUGAGAGAUUCCGAUGACAUGGGUCUUAAGGUCGCCCUAAAUAAGUCAAGUUUCACCCUGGAGGAUGGUCGCUUUAUUUUGUUAAGAGGUACGCACAACAUUGUUACGAGGAGCCAUAAUCGUCGGUGGUAGGACACCGUAACUGGAUACCUUUUUCCAGUGACAGGGUUGGUUCCAUUGAAAAAGCCAAAUGUACUAUUUUAGGCAAAAAUUAUGCCAUCUCGUAUGACACGUCACUUUUAUUUAUUUAUUUAUUUUUUUUGUCACCAGGAGAGGAGAGUAGUGUUUGACUGGAGUGUCUUACAAUUUAAAGAGGCAGUUGAUUUUAUAAUUUGAACAUUACAUUUUUAAAGCUUCGAUUAAACCCCCAAUUAUUAUACAUGUAGAUGUCAACUAAAUUCUUUUGUUAGGCACAAAUGCAUGUUUGGUAAAGGGUUUUACCUAUCACAAGGGAAUGUGUUUAAACUUUCUCCACAAAUUGUGAACCAACAGGAAAGGAUGGGACGGAUGAGAGAGAGAAGGACUGGGACGCUGAAAUGACCCGUUUGAAAGAGAGGGAGUGGUUCGAUCAUCAUCCUCAAUACAAAAGUAUCCCUCAACUGUGUGGAAUUGACCGACUUAUGGACACCAUGAUCUCACUUCUAGCCGAAAAAAUGAUCAGAGAGAUUCCAAUUCUAAUACGCCAAAUGAGAGAACGAAAGACGCAGGUAAACGGUGAAGGGCUUUUAAAGACCUUCCCUUUUAACUUUUGCCUGACAUUUGACCAACACUACUUGUUUUCAAUUUUUCAUUUUCCUUUUUUCAAAUUCAUUACCAACCUUCAAAAGAAACUGAAAAAAAAAAUAAACGAGGCAAUGACUUGAACACGUUAGGUUGAAAAUGCUGCAUCAGCUUAAAACCGGACUCGAAAAAUAAGGGGUUUGAAACCCGUUGGGAAAUGAGAUUUCUUCCUUUUCUUUCAUGCUUCUGUCACCGUAAGAAAGCAACUUUGUAUAUAUGUCACUGAAAGAUAGGAACAGAACAAAACAUGUAACCAUUCCGAGGUGGAAUCACUAAGUUUAUUUAGGGUUUAAUACAACCUGCACUUUUGUUGGCUCGUGAUGUAAACUUGUUCUCAAUGAGGUGGUUGAUGUGUAAAUGUCGGGUGUAUUAGGUCCAGUUCAAAUAUCGAACUUUUCAUGUGCCGAACCUAAUCCCUUCAAUUAAGUACAUGAAGAGAUCGACGUUUGAAUCAAUUUUAAGUCCAUCAUGUCUAAUUUGGGUCGACCCACGAAUUAAGAUCGAGUAGCCCGCGCCACAUGGGAAUUUCGACUGUGGAGCGACAAACGUCAAACUUCUCGUGUGCCGAACCCAAUGCAUAAAUUACUAAAAUUUAUUUUCUAGACCAUUGAACAUCGUGAAAAUGAGUUGAGUCCGACUAAUAAAGUUCUACUUUUAAAUCAACCGUCGACCUUGUAUCAUUUGGGUCGACCUAAAUGGGCAUUAAAAGGUUAUUAAGUUCGGAACAUGAAAAGAUCGAGGUUUGACCUGGGCCUUAGUGUCUUAAUGAGACUGAAACCAGCCCAUACUCACAUGCAUUUAGGAACCAUAUUCUAGCCAAGAUCUACCCUAUGGUCUAUUCCUGUGUCAGGUUUCCAUACCCUACCCCAGAACAAUGAACUAAAAGGACCAUAACCUUCCCAGCGAUAGGCAGCCAUAUAGCUGAAAUGUGACAGUAUGGUACGCCGCCCUCUCCAAACCAAGCGUUGUGUUUAUAGCGGGAACCUUUGCGCAUUCUUCGUACUGUCAUUUUAUUAUAUUUCCGCCAAGAGAAAAAUGUAAUUACAGUGACAGUGCAAAGAGUAAAACAUCUCACUGCGCUUUCCAGGUGGAAUCAGAACUCAAACGUCUGACCCAUAGCGAGGUGCCGGAGUCAAGGGAGGGGAAAGGAGCGCUUGUAAUGAAAGUUAAACAAACCCUCAUAGGACAGCUGAAGACGCUUCUUUUUAACAACACGUCCGAUAUUGGAGGAGGAGAGCAAGUGCGAACAUUGUUCAACAAAUUCCACGAAGAUAUUUUCAAGGUGGGCGAAAAAAAAAUCGUUAAUUUAGACAUGUAGGGCAUAGAAGAUACUACGUCAUAAAACGAACCCUUCAACCUGAGGUGUUAGGAGAAUUCUCCCAAGUUUUUGUGCGACUGACUACGCUACACUUACGAAGAUGUCCUUGCUAAAUUAUGCAAAAGGCGCCUUUAAACAAGAGAAAAGACAGAAAUUAAAUUUGAGCGAACCAUGAUUACUGGUUUUGUGGAGCUUUUCUUUCCAAACAACAUAGCCAAAGUUGGUCGACAAUGUCAACUUUUUAAUCACUUUGAUAGUAACACUUCCACUCUAAGAAGGUCUAGAUGGCGUUAACUGACAGCUAACAAAUGGCUAAACUUUUAACUGGUAGCUAUCAGAAUACAUAGCCAAGUUUUAACUGACAACUAGCAAAUUAUCUAGAAUUUAGCUGACAAAGUGAGGGUCAUUUACAACCUAAACCCCUUCCAGACCCUUCUAAAAAGUGGAUUUGUUUGUAAUUUCCCCCUAGCACUUUUCCGAUUAAAGAUGAAGAAUGAUAAAGCUGCCCCCGUAUACUGUUUCCCCUACUUCCUCUCGUUCCACCCCUCACCAGUGGCCCAAUAAGGACCAGGCCAAGGUGGAGACCGCUUAGUCCAUUGCAGUUCCCAAGCGUUUUCAUACUUUACUUGCCUUCGCUACAAGAAAGUACUUUGCCUUCUGAUCUGGUUUAUUGUUAAUUUAAUAUUUAAUAUACCCGUCAGCUUACAUUCUUCAGUUCAAUAUUUUGUUGAUAUUGGUCUUGUUGUUUAAACAAGUUAUUGUUGUUACUGCUUGUUUUUUUGUUUGUUUCCUUUUUAAAAAUGACCUCUUUACUAUCUAGGUAGACCCUCUGGUCAUGCGUAAUGACGAUGAGAUAAGAAAACAACAAAGGAAACUCGAGGGCGUGGCAGCUCCUCUGGGUGACAGCAGUGAAAACAGCCAGCUGCUACAGAAAUUACUCUAUGAGUCAUAUCAAGGAAGGCGGACAGUGCCAUGCCAAGUCCCAGGUAUUAACUAUUCUUUUGUCAUGUCUUUCGCGAAAUAAUAUCUUGUAAGCACAUCAAAGACUACUGAAACCGGAACAGGCGACAGUUGAACACUGCUGCCAUGUUUUCACCUCUAACGCAGGUAAACUGGUGUGGCUAAAGGUUCUAUAACUGAAACCCUGAUCUUACCCUUGAAUCGCACCCAAAAGUAGUAAUUGUAUCAACCCAGACACUCACAAUUAGAAACAUACCGAGCUUUACCAAAUCCUCGAAUUUGGUGUUUUGGUCUAUAAUGAACGAACCGCCUUUUAAAAUCUCCAAAAUUUACUAAUGACGCCCGGUCCGAAAAAGUGCCAGCCAACCCUUAUAUUUCUUUGCAAAUUUUCAAGUUUUUGAAACGCUGUACCUUGCUCAAUAUUGGCCCGAUUAACACUAAGUUGAAGAUUUGUAAAGGUCAGUAUACUCUUUCUGACUAUGUGGACUGUCCCUCGUUUGGAGUUCCAUAAUACACGGACUUGUACCCUUUCUCCCUCGGUUUGAAAUCAGGGAAUAGUAGACUUUUCUCUACCCGUGACUGUGAUUGAAAAAUAAAACCGAUUCAUUUUUAUACACCGCGUAGAAUUUUAGCCUUUGUAAUAUCGUUUUCCACUCAGUGUGAGCUACUUACUUUACUUAAUUUCGAGAUAUUUGAGAUGAAGGGAGCUUCGACUUAACUCUGGCUUUGAUUAUACAUGCAAACCGCUCCAAUUGCAUCUCUUUAUAGGAGUGGCGGCUAGGACCGUUCAAGUAGCUGAACAAGUGCAAAGUCCAGUAGAUCAACUUAUUCCCAUAUCCGAAGCUCUAGUCAACAACGUGGAACAAACUCUACGAGCAAUAGUGCAAGAUGCAAUCGAAAAAAGUUUGUCCAAUUUCCCAACUCUCAAGCAAGCAGUCGAAGCGAAGGUGGUGAGCAAGAUUUUCGAUAGGAAACGAGAGCAGACCAUUCAGUUUAUUCAGCAGUUUCUUGCGAUGCAGAAGAAAAGUACUGAUUUGGUGUUUGUUGCCGUUCCGUUUCCGGCUGAGCUAAGUGCAUGGGAAACUACACCAGCCCACAAUGGCAAGACUCACCCUUGCAUGACGUCCGGGACAAUGUCCCACUUGAAGGACCUCGCGAAAAAGCUCUACCCCAGUGCACUGAUGGAAGAGAUUGAAUGCCGAAGUUCACGAGGAAAUUAUAAGGUGAGCUCUCAGUGGUUCAAAAACAUACAUGCAUUCAAAUGAGACGGGUAAUCUGAGCCUUUUCCAUCUUUUGAGUCUGUGUACAAAACCCUUGUGUGAUCAAUCAAUUCAGUUUAACUUAAAACUCAUUUGAAGUACUUUACCUUUGCACAUUUUCGUAACUGUUUCUAACGUUUUACUCUGCACUGAAAUUAAAGCUUUCUAGAAGCAAUGCUCCCACCCCGGGGGGGGGUACUCCCUUAUAAGGGCUUAAUGGAGACGUGCGGCCAGCCAGGGUAUGUUUUUCGGGAUUUUUGUCUUAAACAGGCUAUUGAAUUUAUCAUUUUUUGUCUUAAUCAGGGUAUCGAUUCAUCAAUUUUUGUCUUAAACAGGAUAUUUUUUCUUGGACGAUAAACAGCAAAAUUUUACAAGCUCUAAUGUUAAUUAAAUGUCUUAAACAGGGUAUCAAAAAUCGGAAUUCUGUCUUAAACAGGGUAGGAAAAUCAGCGAUAUUUGUCUUAAACAGGGUCAGGGUAAGAGGGGCCGCCCCGCACCUUCCCACCCAGGGAUAUAUCGAGUAACCCCCCCCCCGGGGGGCUCCCACAUAGUACUAUUUGAGUUACGCUGCAUUAACUGGUUCUAACUUUCAUGUCUUUGGAUGAAAUCCUAUCGAGUUACCAUCCUAAUCAAACCUCUCAAUGAGUCCUAUGAUAUGGUUCAAAGUGUGAUAUUGUUUACGGAACAAAAGUCGGUAUUUUUCUUCAAUUUUGAUUUGAGGCUCUUUUGAGCAAGCAACGGGUAAAGUGAGUAUGCCUGGCCCUUGGAGAGUCAGUUGAGCUAAGAUGAAUUCAACAGGUGUAUUUCCAUUCCUCAGGAGGUCGAAGAUAUAAAGAGAGUCAAAAAGAAUGUAGUCCGCUGUUUCAACGUGAUCAAAAUGAACGUGUGCGAUACAGUCCCCCGCUGCAUUCUUCAUUUUUUCAUCACCCAGCUGGUGGAUGACCUUGAGCACGCCUUGGAACAAGAAGACUUGGUCGAGUUUCUGAAAGAAAAGAAGGAUAUCCUGGAAAGGCGUAAAGAGUGUCGUGCCAACUUCUUCGCUCUGGAGAAAGCGCUGCCUCACACUGAUGAAGUGUUAAAGACAUUACUGCGCAUGCGGGGCGGAUCUGGCGCACGUGAGAAGUUGCAGUUUUAAACUUCAACUCCGGUAAACAAAGCGACAAAAGUCCUCAGUAGAAAUAUAAAGAUUAAAUAAGGCUAUACUAAUCUCGUGCCCAGAUCGGAAAGGGUAAAAAAAAUCUGGCGUAGAAGUUGGUGCGUACUGCUUUGAGCUUUUAGCGUGCGCUAUGAUAAUUAAAUUUAAACUAGCUAGCUGUCGCUUUGCAUUUGAUGUUACAAAGAAAAACUAGCUACAACAAAUUAGUUGGUUCAUACUUAAGAUAUGCGUAUAACCACGUUUUGUUCGAUAAAACUUCACGGCUCUAUCAAACACGUCUAAAAUUCAGGAUUUAUUUCGAGCAUGCUUUCUUUCACCGCCUGUCACAUUCCUAACAGGCGAUCACACCAGAUCUCGCCUUCGGCUUCGUAAACAAGAGAUCUGGGUACGAGAUUAAGAGCUGAAACUAAGUAGAGUAUAGCAGUACACGAACAAAAACCCACUCAGAAACAACGAGAGGAAAGAUAAGAUUUAUCCCUUCCGUUUUUACUUUCUGAAUUGAUAGAUAGUUCACCUGAAUAUUUUAAAGUAAAUGAAAAAUCUUAUGAGCAAAUUAAAAUUAAUAGUUCAGGCAGGCAUGAGGUGUCAGCCCAGUAUGGCGUUGAUGAUGUUCAGUCAUUGUAAGUGUAUAGUAUAGUUAGUCUUGAUUCUGCAAGUCCAAGAAGUGACCACGAUCAAUUUCCUCUUAAC